AUGGACGUUUCAUUUCUAACCAAGACCGUUCAAAUAAAUGGCAACCAGUUCAAAAUAUUACUUCAGAAUGGACAAGGUGAAUGUGCGUUAAUUGCACUAGCCAACGUAUUAUUGAUCUCACCUGUCCAUGCUCGUUAUGCUCAGGAACUUUCCAGCUUGGUACAAAAAAAGGAAACUGUUACAUUGAAUGAGCUUGUGCAAACACUAGCCGACAUGGGUGCUCAAAACGCCAAUGGUAUGAGCGUCGACAGACAACAGUUAAUCCAGAUUCUACCACAGCUGUACAGUGGUUUAAACAUCAACCCGGAAUUCAAUGGGUCUUUCGAAGACGGAAUGGAAAUGUCAAUUUUCAGGCUCUACAACGUCGGUAUCGUCCACGGUUGGAUAAUAGAUGGGGACAAUGAUCCAAGCGCCUAUGAACACGUUUCCAAAUAUUCGUAUAUGGGCGCUCAAAAGGUUUUAGUGCAGUCAUAUGAGAUUCAAAAAAAUAAGGCUCAAUUUGGAAACGCUGAGCAAAUCCAGUCCGAUGCAACCUACUUGAAGUCUUUUUUGGCAAGAUCUGCCACUCAGUUGACUGAUUAUGGGUUAAGCCAUCUAAGAGAAAUUUUAGUAGAAAGGUCUUAUGCUGUUCUAUUCAGAAAUGAUCAUUUUUGCACACUAUAUAAGAACAACGGCGAACUAUUUACUUUGGUUACAGAUACCACUUACAGAAACCGCAAAGACAUAACCUGGCAAUCGCUCAAAUCUGUGAAUGGAUCCCAAGAUUCUUAUUACACCGGGAACUUCAUUCCCACAAGUCUGGAAAGAACCGACACUACGGCUACCGGACAAAAUGAGUCUUACAUCUCUAACCCUUUCAGUGAUCAGAACGCAGGAAGGGUAGCCAGUAAUCAAGUUAACAGUGGGGCAAGCGGGGUGCAACAAAUUGAAGAUGAUGAGGAGCUAGCUAGAAGGUUACAAGAACAAGAAGAUUUACGUGCGGCAAAUAACAUGCAAAAUGGUUAUGCAAAUAAUAGUAGGAAUCAUCCACGAGAGAGGUUCGAAAGGCCUGACAAACACUCAAAAAAAAAUAAGUUUCUUUCCUUCAAUGAAAGUAAUGACGGUAAAAAUAGGAAAAGAGAUAAGUUGAAAAAAAGCUGUACAAUUAUGUGA